AAUCUCAAAUUUGUCAAAUGUUAAUAAAUUUCAAAACAGACAUAGGCUAAUUCUGUGUUUUGUUGAAUUUAAUACUUUGCUGAGAUAUUCGUGGAAUGUAGAGAGCAAUUAAAUUUCCUGAUUGCUUAAGGAUAAACAUAACAUAACCAUGUCUGCUGCAAACUUAGCGCCCAUAACUGCAACAGACAGUCUUUCCCAGGCUCUGAAAGCUAACAUUAUACCUAAUCAAGAAUACCUGCUACAGGGGUCUGUACUAGAUUCCGCAGUAGAAGUUCUUCUCCAUCGGCUUCGCGGGCUUUGUGACAACGUAGAUGCUGGAACGGAAACCUUCGAUGAUCAGGAAGUUUGUUUUAGUUUACGAGAUCCUAAUCAACAGGCGGCACCACUCAUGUUGCGUGUGAGAAAAGCACUCGAUGCACGAGACAUGCCUUUUCAGCUUCGCUACAUUGGUCAACCAGAUCUAGGAGACAAGACCAGACCAACUGUAGUGCGCUCAAGCCUUGACAUAGCUUGCAGCGGCAUGCUCAUUGAGUUUCUUAACGAGCUUGGAUGUAGGAUUGAGUUUGAAUACAGUGUUAAAGGUUACAUGUUUAGGAAAGGUCGCAUGAAGAUAACAGUGUCAAAGGUGUUUAAAAUAUCACAAAGUUCGAUGUCACCAGAGCCAAUUUCUCAAAGCUACUUAGUUGAAUUAUCAGUUUUAGCACCACAAGGUCAAGAUGCGAUAGGUGAGGAUAUGCGGGCUUUCGCAGACCAGUUAAGGCCGCUGGUGCAACUCGACAAGAUAGACUACAAGCGUCUUGGACACAUGUCUGUCACCUAACAAAUGUUCUUGCCUUAAACUGUGCUACUUCACGGUAUUAUAAAUGUGAAAGUUAUGUAAGAACACUACUGUUUUUAAUAUAAUGAAAAUAAUCCAGUUAUGAAAAGGACUUAUAGCAUAGAACAGUGUAAAGUGAAGAAAAGUGUUCAUAAACUUUAAAUUAUUAUGGGAAUCAAUAUAAAUACUUCAACUUGUUAUAAAUGUAUCUUUAAGUUUUCACUGUAGAAAAUACGUACUAAAACACAUUGCUGUCUCUAUUUUUGUAAUGUAAAAAGAGAGUGUUGCCAGUUUUAAUUAACAGAAACAAAUGUAGUUUAAUUUAAAAAUGCACACUUUUGUUUUAAAACAAUAAACCAAUCAUUUUAAGAGAUUUUUUAUAUUAUAUGGCAACAUAAAUGUGGUAGAUAAU